AUGCUUUGGAACUAUUGUGUAAUAUGAAAAGCAGUUACUCGGGUCUAUUGCAGUCAUUCACUUUAUGAUGAAUACUUUUUAAAAAGUCCUAAGACACAACAAUUAUGCUAAUGUUAUAUAAACUGAACAUCGGAGAUCGUUUUAAUGUUUAAUGUUUCAUAGUCCUACUCGCACAACAUCUGGAAGCUCUCUCUCUCUCUCUCUCUCUCUCUCUCUCUCUCUCUGGUGCAUCAGCUGGGUUCUAACUAAAUGGAGUCAUACGGUUCAGUGAGUUAAUAAGGCCCACUUGGGUUUCCAAACUGAGGUCCAGGGACUCCCAGGGGCCCAUGCAAGAUGACAGGAAGCUCUAUGACACCAGGUGAUUCACUCUGAGUCAAGGUGUGUACACUAUGAGUGUGACUAGUGUGAUCGGGGUUUCUGUCUCACCUAUAUGACACGACUAUAACACUCUUACAAUGGUAAUGACCUGUAGUGGAUUUACAUGGAGCACUGACACGAGAAAGUUUGUGUCAGGCUUCUUCUUCACGGUCUGUCAUGUCCGCCAUGUUGAUAGAGAGCAGAAAUGAAACACAUACUUAGACAGACGUCAAGCUCUUUAAAACCUUCACCAGCAGCAGGGCUGUGUCCUCUGUGGAAACCACUUUAAAUUAAUUGAAAGGCAAAUUGCCGAGAUUGGUACUUCCCAUUCCCAAAUAUUUUGACCUGUGACCCUUGAAAGUGAAGUGAUAUCCAUUUGCAAUCCUUUACAUGUUGCAUCUGUUUUUGGCUGGUGAGCUAUUUAACCAAGACGUAUAUUUCAAUAGUGUGUACAGUCCUACCUGGAUAAUCAUCAUCACUUUUCUUGUUUAUAAUCUCUGGUUCGUCAACAACCGCCAAGGUGCCAACCUCUAUGUCAGAUUGCCAUCUUAAGCAUGGGAACCUUCCGGUUAUGUAUUUCUUAAUUAUGGUUCUCUUACAGAAGUUUGAAAGUUGUCUAACGUGUGUCCAUGUUUAUUAGUACUGUUAUUAUCAGGAGAACAUCAACACCUAAAUGAAGAACUGAAGUUAAAGUCGUUGUAAACGGAGAGAAUACUGUUCCAUCCGAGUCUCAAAUGAAUGAAACGAUACAGCGCUGGAAGCUCGAGUCCCUCCAGAUGAUUUAAUGUUCAUCUCACGUCUGUGGAUGUGGUGAGUUGAACCAAAGUGGUAACAGGAGCCUGUUGAGGCCAGCGAUCGUCAAUGAAAAGUGUUCAUAAUAACUGUUCGACGUCUUCCUCAGUCUCCGCACAUUUCACAUCACCGAGUGCUACAUUAGAUAGACACAUUUUAAUAACUUUAUUACAUUUCUUGAAUUGUUUCCUGAGAAAAUCCCAAUAACUCGGGGCCAAUAGGAACAUAGUUGAAAUUGCGUGAUAUUUUCAGCAAUAUGUGCAACAACUGUACUUUACGACAUUUUAAAUUAACAAGUAACCCAGUUAGUUCACCCUCGGGUAAUGUUGCUCCAUCAGAUGAGGACAGAUGAUGAUCUAUCAUGGAAACUAAUAUUUCUGAUAAUUGCUAAAGGCAUUUCAUUGACUCUCAGCGAUCUGUGUCACGCAUGAUGAGGCUGAUUGGAUUGAAAAUCAUUUCCAGCUCACUCCCGGGUUACAACAGUCUUCAGAACAUGUCUGCACAGGUCGGGGUGGCUUCUAAAGCGUCUGAGGGAGGCCUCAGAAAUGCAGCGCUGCAUCCUGGGAGUUGCGUGACAUUGGUUUGCUGAAGCCUGAAACAGAGAGGGAUCCUCUAAUCCUCUGGAGCUCCAGAUUAGUAGGUCUCCUCUGCUUUGUGGUUUCCCUUUUUAAAGAUCAGUCCUGAUGGGGGCUGCUCCCGCUUUCGAUCCGAGUCCUAUCGUAUGUGGGAAGAAUCAACACUCUCCCACAGAUAUUUGAGAUUUUUACGGAUAUAUGUCUGUUAGCAGGACGAGAGGAGGCAUACAUGUACUUGAUUUCUUUCUUCCUUGCACAUCUAUUUAUGAGUUGUUUUUGUGUGCCACCGAGGAAGAAUCCUCUGCUUCUAUUCUGGGGUGCAGAGGCUUGUUAGAGCGACUGCAGGCCAUUGCAUAAGUGUUGGAUGACCUCUCGCUUCUAAAUUAAACGUGCAGUAACGCAGACAGCCUGUCUGUUAAGCCGGAGCCAAAUGUAUGCAGAUGUGAGAUAAUAUAGUUAUAUACCUGCAUGUCUUUUAAUACAUGUAUGAAUUCAUUAAUAAGACACUAGAUGCAUUAACACUGUCAGUGUGGUCGUCUAAUCGUGGGUGUUUCAGCGCUGUGAAAGAAACACGUCCUGUUCAAGGAAACCCGGUCAAGUGUCGGUGGAUUACACAAUCCAGGAGACGGGAUCUCAGGACUUAAAUAAAAAAAAUCUGCCUCCCUGUGUGAUGCUGAUGCUCUUGCAUUAACGUUGUUUGCGAACACCAGGAUGCAAAGUCCGUUCACAAGUGUGUGUGUGGGUUGGCGUUCCCUCUCAGCAGCUCUGCAUUGUGCAUUGUGCGGGUUGCUCUGCUGCGGACUCAUUUUUCCUGGCCAUAAACGUGCUUCCAGAGGGGUUUGUGCUCUGUGAGCAAACGGGGGGAACCCGCCGCCUGGAGGUGACCUACCCUCCUCCAUCCACGACGUGUUUGCGUUGCAGAAGUUGUGCCAGAACACACCGUGGACAAAUACCUGGGCUGCUCUCCGUGCCGGAGCAGCGGACACAUCGAGAGCAUCACAUGCUCGGACAGUGUUUUUAGAUCAUGAAGUAGCAGCAGAAAGUGAACCGCCCCGUGGGCGAAUCCUUUUUUUCUCCUCCAUUUUGUUUUUUUAUCUAGCAGCUGUGCAGAAGUUCAGCUCCUCCGUUGGGAGAGUGUGCGGUGAUGAUCGCGGGCCGGAGGUAAGACGAGCUCCACGCAGCCACCCGCCGUGCCCUUGGCCUGCUCGUCAUGUGUGCUGAACGGCGGCCAAACCACAGCAUGUGACAGCCUCCCCUGUGUAACGUGAGAGGUGUCGGAGUAGUGGUGGAGGUGCCAUUUGAUUCGGAUUGCACACACACCGGUGAUUCUGAUUGGUGCAGCUCUGUCUGUCCCCUUAUGGCUCCAGAGGGGACACUCAGAGGUCAUGGCUGCCCUACCUGCUGCUGAACUCCUCCAGCACGGACCCAAAGACCCGCAUGUACCCCGUGUUCUUCGGAGAGAGCAUCGAGGUCAACCCCAAACCAGAGCAGGAAAUCAAGUGCAACUCCGAGGUCAAGUACGACUCCGACAAGCACUACCGGGACCGGGUGAACUGCGCCCUUGUUCCCACGCCCACUUCCUUCAGCGAGACGGUGGUGGCGGUGCGCAACUGCACGUGGAGGAGCUACAAGUCCCAGGUGUACCUGGAGCCGCGGCAGAAACCCAUCAGCUACCAGAGCACCACCAUCAUCUACCCAAAGCACGCCAAGAACUCGUACCGCACCACGCUCAACUACAACGCCUCGGGCUCCCGCCGCUGGUUCAUCUCCACGGUGCAGCUGGAGUCGAGUGAGGAUCUUAGUCCCUGUAUCAUCUACACGGAGGACCUGUAGAGCCCGCGCCGCACUGGGAGAGGCCUACCUGGUGAUCAUCUUAUUUCUUUUGGAGGACUAGGAACUUGGGAGAGGAAAUACGUCAAGUAAAACCCGAAGCCCGACUUUGUACUCGCCAUGGAGGAAACUCUGGGAUCCCUUGCGUGACAUUUCACUGAAGUGUAUUUGAGACUUUCUACUGAUGCAGUCUUUCACGUGGGAGUCUGCUCUCUAGCAGUUUAAAGCUGGACUUCAAUGGUUAAUGUCUUAUUUAAUACAAGAGCGGACAAAUUGGUGGCCUUCGCUCUUUCAGGUUGGACUGUGACCUCAGUGAAGGGGACAGACUGUGGACGUCUGUGUGUGUGUGUAUAGAGAGAAGUCCAGACGACGUGUGUGGUGGAAUUUAGCCGAGUCUGCGCAAACCCGGUCACACCAAUGCAAAGCUUUCUAAUAUGGCUCUAUUGCACUUGUUUUCUAUAUAGCACAGUCCUCCUAGUGGACUUGACAUUGCAGGGGGAGGGGGGGGGGGGGUCAGAAGUACUGCAUAUGAGAAAUAUGACCAAAGAUAGUGUAUAACUUUGUAAUAACUCCUCACACUGGGACAGAACCCUUGCUGUUGUUGUACAGUUUCAUAAACACACAUUCAAACAGCAGCUCGUCUAGUUGCAUCGAGCAGUUCAGUAAACUCAACUGCACGUUGCAAGACGUCCUGUUUAUUCACCGCUGCGGUCUCCAGACUAAGUCUAAAGAAAAGAAGGACCGCAGCGCAAUAACAACGGAUUGCCUUGAGAAUAUUUGAAAAGGGGAGAUAUUUAAAGCGCUUGGUUUAAAAUCUAAAGUUCUUUUGCGACAAUAAAUGUUCGGCCGUCUUGGCUCACUGUACUCGUGGUUUGAAGACCUGCUUCACCUAGUUUCUGUGAACACUUCAUUUGAAUACUGUGGUGGAGAUAAUGUCAGAGUGAAGGGUGUGUUGGUUAACAGGUUGGGAGAGAAAAAACUCCUCGCUUAUUAAGAGUUUAAACUGCUUCAUCAGGAUCACACGUCGUCUCUAGUUACACGACGAGUGAGAACACGCGUGUAGGUUUUCCGGGCCUUUAAGAAUCAUCGUAUGGUUUUGCUUUUUUCAUGACUUUUCAUGUUUUGAACCUGCGUCGGUGUCAGAUGACGAGGCUCGUCCAGCACGCGCCAAACAACGGAGACAAUCACGGGAAGUGUUUGACAGUUUGAAACACUUCUCUGGCUCAACUCUCGGCAGUGGACUUAUGCUGUGGUCACUCACUCGUCCAUUUCUGCAUGAGAGCCAAACACAAAAACAAGAAAUAUUUCCGACUGUAAUUAUCUGGAUCAUUUAGUGCUGAGGGGAAUCUGCAUUUCAACCGCCUCUCAAACCCUUCUGGAACAGGUGUCGCCAGCUGUUCGUAAAUUCAUCAGUCUGUGCAUGAAGUAACUAUUCUUUUGUUUCAAACUCUAGCUUUACUUCAUGUUGCACCAUUAAAACGUAAGGAAUGUGUUUGCUUGGUCAAAUCUGCAGCUCGGUCCAAUCAAAAGAAAAUCAACGAUCUAAACGUGAAGUCGUUGGUGUCACAGAAUGGUGGUUUUAGGGGGAGACGAUACAUUAAACUCUUAAUCGUUUGUAAAUAUAGGUGAUUUUGUUUUUAAGUCGGUGUUUUUCACUGUUGGUAUUCAUGCAGUUUUUGAUGAUGCUAAAAUAGCUAACGUUGUAAUGUCUGACAUUAUGAAAGUCACGUGAAGUCAUUUGAAUCAUGUUGUUACUUUAGUGAUACACACUCUAAACGGCUCAAAUGUUAGCAAACUAAAGUCAGUUCACUUUAAGUACAUCAGCUCAGACGCCAACAGUCACAGUCGGCUCAGGAACUCCUUCGUGAUUUAACUUACAAGCCCUUCUAUUGCAGUGAACUGUAAAUCUCCACUCACAGGAGUAAACACUCAGUAUCGCUUGAGGAUUGAAUUUACGAAUCGCUGGUGUUUCAUUUUGUUUUCAGAUAUUAACAAAAACAUGUAUUUAAACUUUUUGGGAGUAAUGAAAACAUAUUUUAGCAAGGAAAUCAGAACAUAAACCAACCCCAACGCACUGCCACUCCAUGAAAGGUUAUACUUGCUUUGCAAGACACCUGUACGUUAAUAAAAAGAAAAAGAAACAUCUUUGAGGAUCGACUGGACUGCAGCCAUGGAAAGUGUCUGACCCGAGUCGACCCCAAGGCAUUGAACCACCCUGUAGCCACCAACAGGCACGACGUGUUGCUGUAAAACACACAUUUCCUGUUGAAGAUGUCAAAGUGAUUUUUCUUGUGCAUUUCAAUGACUUUUUUUCUUCUAUUUGUCUCUAUUUAGAUUAUUGAACAAGGCAAAUAUUGAAAUGUCUGACUUUACUUCCGAUUGUCAACGGUAUCAGAUUAACUUCAAAUAAGUUCCCCGACUUACAGUUGAGUUUUUAAAUUUGCGGCCUUGUUAUUUUUUGAUAUAGUUUGAAAACCCUCCCAGGUGAGCUCGGGGCCACGUGGAGGCACGCAGCUUCAAGGAGGGAACAGUGAGUACGAAGAGCCAGACGGGAAUAGAACAACACAAUCUGCUCUUUCAAAACAAACAUAAUAGAUGAGGUGAGGAAAUAGUUUUGAAGAUGGCUUUUUAAACUGUAAAGUUCCAGGAACGACGAUGGAGAGUUUGGCUUUGUGUAGCUGGUCUGUGAAAUGUCAGAGAACGACGAGAGCAAGUUGGUGGGUGUCAAGUUUAAUACGUUGGUGGUUUUAUGUGAAAUACCUUUGUGUUGUUACUGUAAAAUAUGUUUGUGUUGUAUAUGUUAGCAUUGAGGCACUUCAUAAUUCUCUUUAUAUUUUUGUACAUCAAUCACCGUUCUUGUUCUGAUGAAAGAAAAUAAUUUAAAAAGAUGUAUAUCCUAAAUGAAUAAAAAAAAGGCAUUUCCCAAAGCCGUA